CUGGCAUUUGGGUUCGCCGUGUGAUUUCGCAGUGUCACCGCUGUGCGGGGCCCUGUUUGAAUGAGACGUCUAGAGAGCGAGGCCCUGGCGAGUGGCAGACAUCAUCAGAUUAACCUGCUAUAGAGCUCCAAUCCCACCAUGCCCCUGUAUACAGUGAACGUCAAGUGGGGAAAGGAGAAGUUUGAGAACGUGGAACUGAACUCCGAUGAGCCGCCUAUGGUUUUCAAGGCCCAGCUCUUUGCUCUGACCGGAGUGCAGCCCGACAGACAGAAAGUGAUGGUGAAAGGAGGGACGCUGAAGGAUGAAGAAUGGGGUAAAAUUAAGUUAAAAAACGACAUGAGCUUUUUGAUGAUGGGUUCGGCUGAGGCUCUUCCCGAGGAGCCUGCAGUGAGGCCUGUGUUUGUUGAAGAUAUGACAGAAGAGCAGCUGGCGUCUGCUAUGGAGCUGCCUUGUGGUUUAACUAACCUUGGAAACACUUGUUAUAUGAAUGCUACAGUCCAGUGUCUACGCUCGGUGCCUGAGCUGAAGGAAUCACUUAAGAGGUAUGCCGGUGCCAUGAGAGCUUCCGGUGAAUUGGCCUCUGCUCAGUAUAUCACCGCAGCACUUCGAGACUUGUUUGAAUCGAUGGACAAAACUGCUUCUAGUAUCCCGCCGAUCAUUCUUCUCCAGUUCCUACAUAUGGCCUUCCCGCAGUUUGCAGAGAAAGGCGACCAAGGACAGUAUAUGCAGCAGGAUGCCAAUGAAUGUUGGAUGGAAGUAAUGAAGGUGCUACAGCAGAAGCUAGAACCAGCGGAAGGGGAUUCCGAUAUGGAGACAGAUUCUGCCGCAGCAGCAGCAUCUGUUGCUAAGAAGAAGAGCUUUAUUGAUCAGUUUUUUGGCAUUGAAUUUGAGACAACCAUGAAAUGCAUUGAAUCGGAAGAGGAGGGAGUCACAAAAAGCAAAGAAAACCAGCUUAAUCUCAGCUGCUUCAUAAACCAGGAAGUGAAAUAUCUGUUUACAGGACUCAAACUGCGUCUUCAAGAUGAAAUUACCAAACAUUCUCCUUCACUGCAAAGAGACGCUUUAUAUAUGAAAACUGCUAAAAUCAGCCGUGCACCUGCUUACUUGACAAUCCAAAUGGUCCGAUUCUUUUACAAAGAAAAGGAAUCUGUAAAUGCCAAAGUUCUCAAGGAUGUCAAAUUUCCUCUUAUGCUGGAUAUAUAUGAGUUGUGUACUGCGGAACUUCAGGAAAAAAUGGUGCCAUAUCGUUCAAAGUUUAAGGAGUUAGAAGAUAAAAAAGUAUCUGCACAACCACAGAAAGCAAACAAAGUGGUGAAAAAAGAAGCUCGGUUUGAACCGUUUGCCUUUCCAGAUGAUGUUGGUUCUAAUAAUUGUGGUUAUUACGAGCUGCAGGCAGUUCUUACUCAUCAAGGAAGAUCAAGUUCUUCAGGGCACUAUGUUUCCUGGGUUAAGAGAAAACAGGAUGAAUGGAUUAAGUUUGACGAUGACAAAGUAAGCAUUGUGACUCCAGAAGAUAUUCUGAGGUUGUCUGGAGGAGGUGACUGGCACAUAGCUUACGUUCUACUAUAUGGGCCUCGCCGAAUUGAAGCGCAUGAUGAGGAAACUGAACAAUAAUGACAUUUGCCAUUUUAGUCAUCUUUACCUAGGUGUGAAAUAAAUGUUCCCUAUUUAGGAUCACUUAAGAGUCCCUUUUUAUUUUCACCCGAGUACCUCUUCCUCCCUUUUGAGAUGGAAUUGUGCAUUGUCUGCUCAGUUCGCUCUACAGUUUCCGUGCUACCCAUUGAGCUGCGCCCAAACAAUUUGCUGCUUGGGGGCAAGAUGUAAAACUAUAUGUAUUGUUGAAGUCUUAAUAUAAUUAAAAUUUUUAAUUAAAUAUUUGAAAAAUACCAAUGCCUUAGUGGCCCACCCACUGUCCAGUGGUGCUUUAACGCUUUUUUUUCCUUCUCCUUUUUCUUAUUAUUUGGGACUAAAAAAUAUUUAUUGCACACCUAAAGCAUUCAUUGUUAUAUUGCAUGGAUGAUGCCUCAGUACCAACUGUCCUUGCCUUUUCUGAUAGGAAGGAGAAGGGGUGAAUAUUGCCUCAUUGUAACAGUGCUGCUGACCAUGACAUUUCUAAUCUCAUGUUUCUGACCUGACCGUUUGGUUCAAGCUGUUGCUGGCGUUUUGUAACUUCAGAAUAAAAUUGUGAACCAUCUUGUGCUCUGGUUUCUUGA